AGUCGCGUUGGCAUUCGGGGCUCUGAGGUUUGGGCGUUCUCGGGGUAGUGGCAGCCCGGGCGGAUGGCGCAGGGUUGGGCUGGCUUCUCUGAGGAGGAGCUGAGGCGAAUGAAGCAGACUAAAGACCCAUUUGAACCACAGCGACGUCCCCCUGUGAAGAAAAGCCGACAGCAGCUUCAGCGGGAAAAAGCCCUUCAAGAGCAAAGCCAAAAACUUGGACUGCAAGAGGGAUCAACCGCAUUACCUCCAGAGCAGCUGCUUUCGGCACCACACCAGAGAAUUAAGAAUCAAAAGCCACAUUUUUCUCCCCUUGCUGCUCCCAGUCCUCUUACACCCACCUCUCCCAUUGGUGAUGGAAAAUCCCAGGGUAUGGAAAGUCAACCACAGGAACUGGGACUGGAGAAUUCCCAUGACGGUCACAGAAGUGCUGAGGUUCUACCUCCAAAUAGCAAAUUGGAGAAAAAGAAAGUGGAAUUGCAAGAAAAGUCUCGUUGGGAAGUCCUCCAACAAGAACAACGGCUAAUGGAAGAGAAAAAUAAACGUAAGAAAGCUCUUUUGGCUAAAGCUAUUGCGGAAAGAUCUAAAAGAACUCAGGCAGAGACCCUGAAACUGAAGCGGAUCCAGAAGGAGUUGCAGGCUUUGGAUGACAUGGUAUCAGCGGACAUCGGAAUCCUCAGGAACCGGAUUGACCAGGCCAGUCUGGACUAUUCCAAUGCGCGGAAGCGGUUUGACAGAGUGGAAGCAGAGUAUGUUACGGCCAAGCUCGACCUGCAGCGCAAGACUGACAUCAAAGAGCAGCUCACCGAGCACCUUUGUACGAUCAUACAGCAGAACGAGCUCCGCAAGGCCAAGAAGCUGGAGGAAUUGUUGCAGCAGCUGGACGUCCAGGCUGAUGAGGAGCCUUUGGAGCUUGACAUGGAGGCGGAGAGACUGCUGCACGGACAAGAGGCAGAAGCAGGGAAACAGAAGGUCCAUGGGGAGGGGCCAUUUCAGCCUCCGGGCGAGAGUGUGCCUGGAGGGUCUGCUCAGAACACAAAGCAUCAGGCACCAGCCGCUUCCCCAAAGGUAGACGGACAGUGUGAGAACUCCAAGAGCACCCCCCUUCACACGCCAGAAGACCCAAGUCAGGGAGCGGAAACAACCAUCCACGACGGCUCAGCUGCUCCAAGCACGUGAAAUGCCGGGGCCCGUCGCUCUCAGCCCCCGUAGUAGCCGGUAAACUCUCUGUUGUGGGUUAUUCCGUAACCUCUGGUAAACGCCCCUUUAAAACAAUAUUAAUGACUGAUUCCAUGAUUACUUUUAUAACAACAUGUUUGGCCAUUCUAAAGUCUCGAAUGAUGGCAAUUUUAUCUACAGGGGCAUCGUUCACUUAAUGUUGAUCCUUUUGCCUUAGUGCACACUUAUUUUGGGUGAAAACAAGUGACUUAAAAGGGUAGAAGAAAAACUACAUGGCUAUGAGUGUUUUCAGACCAAGUAAAUACAGAAAAGUGAAAUGAAAAAUGGUAACACAUCACCAAACUAACUGAACUUCUGGGAGAAGCGCUGAGACUGAGAACCCUAUUUCCUCAUGAGAACCCCAUGUGCUCAGUGAAGAAACACAAAAGUUAAAUGUGGAAAAGAGAACAAGAAACAAAUAACAAAAGUAGCAUUUGGAUUUUACUAGAUUAUUAUCUCUUUGGAUCUUACUAGAAUUGCAAAAUACAACUUCAAAAUUACCAGACAACUUAAGCCAACAUUACUUUUGUAUUCAAUUUGCCUUUUAAGUGGCUUUAGUUUACAACCUGAGUUUUGAUUAGUUGAUACACACAAACUUGUACAUAUAA